GGGUGUGGUCAUUCGUCGUGGUGUUCGUCGCAGUGGUGUACGUGCGUGCGUGCCGAGCGUACGUGCGGACAAGAGAGACAACGUCCCUAUCUGUGCCUUUCGCGUGGUGGCGGUGCGGACGAUGCGCGCGUGCCGAUAACGAUAAGGCCGUCGCAGGGAUGUGUUUAGCAGGGGGUGCUCGGGCCCUGCUGCUCCUGGCGCUCGUGCUGGGCCAGCGUGCCGGCCGCGCCGAUGGCAAGAAUGAUGAUUACCAGAUGAGCGACGUCUGCAAGAAAUACUUCAUGCGGGAUCUCUAUAGGAAGAUAGACGGCGCCGUUCUUACCUCGCAAAAUGAGAGGGACCUCGAUUGCGCCAUUACUUUCCAGACUCAUAGCAUCCUCCAGCGGUUCAUGCUCCGAUUCGAUCAGCUGCAGUUAGAUUGCAACGACCAUCUCUACAUCUACGAUGGCGCGCAUGCGGUCGGCAGUUACAAGGCAGACCUAUCCUGCAGAAACACGAAGCAGACCGUGGGCGCGAUUUACACGCGCACCAACUUCGUGACGUUGAAAUACGUCACUGACGCCUGGGGCACCAACUUGAAUGGCUUCCGCCUCGUCAUCACGGCCGUCAAAGAUCCGAAACACACUUGCAAGGAUUUCCGAUGCACUCAGAAUGAAUUCUGCAUCGAGACGGAUCUCCUUUGUGACGGCGUGAACCAUUGCGGCGACGGAUCCGACGAGGCCACCUCCACCCUUUGUGCCAACUCCGAGGCAUCGACGAUUUUAGGCAUGCAGACUACUUGGUUCGCCGUCGCCCUUGUUUUUCUGAUACUCUGCAUGGGCGGCCUGGUAAUGGCGGCGGUACUCUGCUUUUGCAAGCAGCGUGUUCCUACCCCGAGGCACCCCCAUAACGCGCACAAUGCUCAGUCUCAUCCUCCAGUCAGCUUCCCAUGGAUUCCAAGCUCGUUGAGGCUCGUCCAGUAUGUGCUGUCACUCUGUCGUGGAGUUUCGCCUGUGACAAGCGACCGAUCGUUGCGGCAACCAGUUCCCGCCGGACAGUCGUUUGGAAUCACUCGCAGACGUAUCUUCGCGCGGUAUCGCGGUCAAAGUGGAACUUCCGGCGGAUCCGAGAUGACGACUACCAGCCAGGUUGGUGGUUGCUCACCAACUUGGAAGAUUUUUCUAACUUUCCUCGUGGUCGCCGUUGAACUCGCCGCAGCCGCGAGUACGCAGACCUUUGUUGUCAGCAAUACAGUGGACAAUAACCAGUUAGGUAAGGACUUCUUUAUCGGACCGUGCCUGGUGAAUACUAAUCAGACGUGUCCCGAUGAGGAAGUGACUUUCUUCCUUUACACCGAGCACAAUACGGAAGAGGGCCAACAACUGUUGGUGAACGACACCGACUCGAACUUGGCCGAUACCAACUUUGUUGCGGCGUUGCCCACGAAGAUCAUCGUGCACGGUUACAAUUCGGACAUGCAGUUAAGCUACUUGGUGGACAUCAAAACCGAGUACUUGAAGAGGGGCGGUUACAAUCUCAUAGCGGUCGACUGGCACCGUCUGGCGGCGGCACCGUGCUAUCCCGUAGCCGUCCACAAUGUGCCGCAUGUGGGUGACUGUCUGGCGCAGCUUGUCGAACGUUUGAGAGAUUACGGCGCCAGGGACAUCCACGUGAUCGGCUUCAGUCUGGGCGCCCACGUGCCGGCAUUCGCAGCUAACGUACUGCACCCGUAUCAACUCCCAAGGAUCACCGGUCUCGAUCCGGCGAUGCCGCUCUUCAUCACCGUCGGCAAGGACGAGAAGCUUGACGCGAGUGACGCCGAAUUUGUUGACGUGCUGCAUACCAACGCUUUCGUUCAGGGCAAGAUCGAGCCGAGCGGCCACAUCGACUUUUACGUAAACGGCGGAGUAAACCAGCCGGGAUGUUGGGGAGAAGGAAAUCCUUUCGGAUGCAAUCAUCACAGAGCGGCGGAAUAUUUCUCAGAAUCGAUCAACUCGAAAAUCGGUUUCUGGGGCUGGCCUUGCCCCGGCUUCGUGGCUUAUCUUCUGGGACUCUGUCCGCCGAGAUUUCCCGCGGUGCUGAUGGGCGAGGAUGUCAAUAGGAGAUAUCGGGGGUUUUAUCUGGCAAAGACAAAGGCGCAGAGCCCGUACGCGGAAGGAAUGUUCACAGUAGAAGAUUUCUACCAUCAAGAUAUUUACCAGUGAUUACGUUACACGCAAAUGACUGCUCUUGGAAAAUACGACGAGAUCGAACGUAUACAGUAGAGGAUUUCUACCAUCAAGAUAUUUACGCAGUGAUUACGUUACACGCGAGUGACUAUUCUUGGAAAAUACCAAGAGAUCUUCAAAGACUCCGUGAAAAUCGAUGAAAUGUGAAAGGAGAGCAAUAUCCCUACGAAAAUGUAAAAGACUGUUCCUAUUAACACUACAUCGCGUGACGAGAAGAUUGAGAUAUCCCAAUGGUGCCAAGUACUUUGUUUAUAUUUAUUCCUAACAAGUUCUACACACAUUCUACACACUAUAGCGAAUAGAGUAUGCUUGAAGAUAAUAUAGUUAAUAUAAAAGAUUAAGCUAGUGCGCUUAGAGUUUAAAAAAAUUACGUAACUUCUCAAUUUACUCUAGAAAGUAACAUGUGAUGAUCUGCUGCCAAUAUGCAAAAUACACAAUUGUUCAAAUAAAUACACAGUUCAUCACGCCGCAAAAUGUCUCAAGGAAGAAUGUGACAACAAAAUGAAUAACUGAGAACAAUUGCCAAUUUUUUUUGUAGUUCAUAAAAUAUUAUAAUUGUCAUAUCGAUUACACCAGUUGAAUAUAAUCGAUGGUCGACGUUGAACGGAAUCCCGUGAGACGUUUUUUUGCUGACUUUAAAACAUGUUACGGCUUUGCAAAUCUGAUGCUACGCAAGAAGGUUUGCUACCAUAUCAAGGUCAGACAACUGCUGAGACCUGCUAAUCGAUAUUCACCAAACCGGAGAAGUGGGACGGACAUGACUGCAACAUGCUCGUAUAGAGCAAUUUCUUAUCGAUCCGAUACGAAGGGCGGUCAAAUAAAUAAAAGUAUUUAAUCAUAUCUAUAUAUUGAUUAUUAGUCCAUUUGUCUUUCUAUUUAUCUAUCUAUUUACUUGUCCGUCUAUUUAUUCAUCUGUUUCUCUUCUAACAUAUUUUGACGGCAAUGAUAUUGUACUGCCGAGAUUUAAUACCGCCGAAUUUUUGGGCUUGUGAUAAAUUUUUCUAAUCAAUUUUGCUUCUCGCUAUUUAUUAUUUUGUGAUAAUUUCUCAAUAAUAAGCAAACAUAUAUAGCUGCGUUUUGUGCUAAAAUAAGUGUACACCAAUACGCCUGAUACUAUUGUAUUACACAAUAUAAUGGAAAGAAAUAAGAUCAAUAAAUGAUAAUGCGAUAUAUUGCACAGGA